CUUUUCCUUAAAUACUACCAUUUUAUUAGAGUAUAUAUUAAUGAUAUUAUGAUCUUUAGUAAAAUAGAGGAAGAAUACCUCAAACACCUAUAUACCGUUUAUAAAAUCCUUGACAAGGCCUAUAUCUAUAUUAGCAUAGCUAAAUCCUUUAUAGGUUACCUGGCUGUAAGACUCCUUAGGUAUAUUGUAAAUAGCAAAGGCAUUGCUAAAACCGACGACCGUAUUGCUACCUUUAAGAAGCUAAAGUUUCCGGAUACUCUCGAUAGCUUAGAGCACUACCUCGGAAUAGCUAGAUAG